AGCUGAGACCUGCGAGGAGGGUCGGAAGCAGGAGGGCCCAGAGCGUGAGGCAGUCCAGAAGCUGAAGGUCGCUGCGGGAUCUCUGCCAACCUGGCCAUGAACCUGGAGCCACCCAAGGCCGAGAUCCGGUCGGCCACCAGGGUGAUGGGGGGACCCGUCACUCCCAGGAAAGGGCCCCCGAAAUUUAAGCAGCGGCAAACCAGGCAGUUCAAGAGCAAGCCCCCCAAGAAAGGUGUCCAAGGGUUUGGUGAUGACAUCCCUGGAAUGGAAGGCCUGGGAACAGACAUCACCGUCAUCUGCCCAUGGGAGGCCUUCAACCACCUGGAGCUGCACGAGCUGGCCCAGUACGGCAUCAUCUAGCCCUGGAUCCCCGCCCUUGGCCCCUCUACUCCGCUGCCCGCCAUGACCCCCUGCUCAAGAUUCCUGUGAGGAGAGCUGUGCCCCUGGGAAGUCCAGAGUGUCUGGAUUGUGUCUGGAGACCCUCACAGGGCAGCAGCCUCGAGCCUCCGGGACGCUAGUUACCAGGAGCCCACCACCUCCCUUCAGGACACCCUCUCGGGGCAGCCAGGCCCUGCUUAACUUCCAGAAACACUGGUCCACAGACCCUCUCCUUCCCAGGCUGGAAAGCUAGGGCAGGCCUCCCAGUGGUGUCUGCCACACCCCUCCUCCUGGCCUGCCUGUCUGGGGGUGAGGACGGGGUCCCCUCACUAGCCUUUCCCAACUGAGGCCGUUGGGCCAGCAGGUUGAUGGCAGGAGUCCUGCAGGCGUCAGACAAUGAGAACCCCCAGGACCAGUCACACCAGUAGGAAGCUUGUCCUUUCCAAUGUGGCCCAUGCUCACUGUUCUGUUUCAAAUAAAGUUAGCUUUGCUCCCCA